GUCAGAAGUAUUUUGUAAAUCAUAUGUUUGAAUAUUUCGAGAGGAUGUAGUGUAUUUAGUUAUUGUAAAGAGAUGUAUUACUUACUGUUUUUCGGAGAGUGAAAUGUGAAAAUGUAUUUGUUCAAGAAAAAUUGCAUAAUACUUAUAGCCUGUUCUUUGUUAAUUAACUAUGGUUUUGCACUCAAACACAGAACAAAGCGGAAUUUGCUUGCAAUGAGCGACAUGAUAUCUUUCACCACAGGGCGAUAUGGCUUGGACUUUAAUAAAUAUGGCCAUUUCUGUGGCAAGGGUGGUAAAGGUCAAAUAAUGGACAGAAUUGAUUGGUGCUGCAACCUUCAUGACAACUGUUAUGGGAGAUUACAGAAUUAUGGAUGUCCUCAUAUACUAAUGAGUACAUAUGACUGGACAGUUGUGAAUUAUCAGAUUGAAUGUCCGUAUGUAACCACAUCGAAGACCAGCUCUGUUUUUAAGUUACCAAAAUCAACCUCUGAUGAAAAAAUAGAAGUGGACAGGGAUUAUUGUCACCAAGCAACCUGUGAAUGUGACAAAAAUUUGGCGUACUGCCUUGGACAUUAUAACACUUAUUAUAAUAAGGAACUUCAAUCAAAAUCUAAAUUAUUACGAUUCAUUCAUAAAGCAGCACACUUUUUAACAAAAGGUCGAAUUUAAUAAUUUUGAAAGUUGUACUGUGUUUCAUUAUGUAAAGUUAUAUUAGAAAUAUUAUAUUAAUAAUAC